AUGGCCAACCGCGAGGCGCCGCGCGCUCCCCGCCCCCAGGCCCCCCUGCCCGCAGCCGGGGACCCGCCCGGCUCCGGCCCCGGCAAACUCCGCCUGGAGCCCCAGCGCAGCGCGGCCGGCGGGGGGAGCGCAGUCCCCGAGAGUCCGGGCCGGGGCCGGACCGAGCGCGCCCCGCCCACGCGCCCACCCCCCUGCAGCGCCGGCCGCGCCAGGCCCGCGGGGGGCCUCGGUGCCCUGGCUGCGCGCGGCGCCUGGGUCCCAGCCCGCGCUCCCUGCGCGCUCGCCCUCCCCUCCCCUGUCCCCUCCCCCUUUCCAUCUUCCUUUUACUUCUGGCCGCCGCCCCCGCUGCCCCCUCCUUCUCUCGUCCCCUCCUCAUCUGCCUUCCACCUCCCCGCGCAGCUCCCAGGAAGGGAGGGCGCAGCAGCGGCGGCUGGAAGAGGCGGCGGCGAUGCUGGCGGCGGCGGGGGACCGGAGGCAGCUCCCCUGAGCGUCCCCCCCGGCGGCAGUCCCCGCGGCGGCGGCGGCAGCGGCGGGCGGCGGCUCCUCCUCUCCCCGGCGCUCCUGGGUCUGCUGCUCCCGGCCCGCGCCGGGCCCCGCCUGCCGCCGCCGCCCCGGCUCCCGCUCGGCCCCUCCGCCCGCCGCGCGGGCUCCGCGGGCUUCCCGGGCCCCGGCGGGCACCGCUCCGGCCUCGGCCCCAGCGCAGGAGGUGGCGGCCAGACCCCGCGGCGGCCCGGAGGCGCAGGCUUCGCCCUCGCCGCCGCGGCCCCGCUGCGCUUCGGCUCCGACAUGGAAGAUGGACCUUCUAACCACACGAGCUGCUUCCGAAGGCUGACGGAGUGCUUCCUGAGCCCCAGUUUGACAGAUGAAAAAGUGAAGGCAUAUCUUUCUCUUCACCCUCAGAUAUUAGAUGAAUUUGUAUCUGAAAGUGUUAGUACAGAGACGGUAGAGAAAUGGCUGAGGAGGAAGAAUAACAAAGCAGAAGAUGAGUCGGUGCCUAAGGAAGUCAGCAGGUACCAAGAUACGAACAUGCAGGGAGUCGUGUAUGAACUGAACAGCUACAUCGAGCAGCGGCUGGACACAGGCGGGGACAACCAGCUGCUGCUGUACGAGCUGAGCAGCAUCAUCAGAACAGCCACAAAAGCGGAUGGAUUUGCACUGUAUUUCCUUGGCGAGUGCAAUAAUAGCCUGUGCGUGUUCACGCCCCCUGGCAUCAAGGAGGGCAAACCCCGGCUCAUCCCCGCGGGGCCCAUUGCCCAGGGCACCACCACCUCCGCCUACGUGGCCAAGUCCCGGAGGACGCUGCUCGUGGACGACAUCCUUGGGGAUGAACGAUUUCCAGGCGGUACUGGACUGGAAUCAGGGACGCGGAUCAAGUCCGUUCUCUGUUUGCCGAUCGUCACGGCGAUUGGCGACCUGGUAGGCAUCCUGGAGCUGUACCGGCACUGGGGCAAGGACGCCUUCUCUCUGCGCCAGCAGGAGGUGGCAACAGCGAACCUCGCCUGGGCGUCUGUCGCCAUUCACCAGGUGCAGCUCUGCAGAGGCCUCGCCAAACAGACGGAGCUGAAUGACUUCCUACUGGACGUGUCAAAAACGUAUUUUGAUAACAUAGUCGCCAUAGAUUCUCUACUUGAACACAUAAUGAUUUAUGCCAAGAACCUGGUGAACGCCGACCGCUGCGCCCUCUUCCAGGUGGACCACAAGAACCAGGAGCUGUACUCCGACCUCUUCGACAUCGGGGAGGUGAAGGAGGGCAGGCCCGUCUUCAAGAAGACCAAGGAGAUCAGGUUCUCCAUUGAGAAAGGGAUUGCUGGCCAGGUAGCGAGGACGGGGGAAGUGCUAAACAUUCCGGAUGCCUACGCAGACCCGCGCUUCAACAGGGAGGUGGACCUGUACACGGGCUACACCACGCGCAACAUCCUGUGCAUGCCCAUCGUGAGCCGCGGCAGCGUGAUCGGCGUGGUGCAGAUGGUGAACAAGAUCAGCGGCAGCGCCUUCUCCAAGACGGACGAGAACAACUUCAAGAUGUUCGCCGUCUUCUGUGCGUUAGCCUUGCACUGUGCCAACAUGUACCACCGGAUCCGCCACUCGGAGUGCAUCUACCGCGUGACCAUGGAGAAGCUGUCCUACCACAGCAUCUGCACGGCCGAGGAGUGGCAGGGCCUCAUGCGCUUCACGCUGCCCGGGCGCCUCUGCAAGGAGGUGGAGCUAUUCCACUUUGACAUUGGUCCCUUUGAGAACAUGUGGCCUGGGAUUUUUGUCUACAUGAUCCAUCGUUCCUGUGGGACGUCCUGCUUUGAUUUUGAGAAGCUGUGCCGCUUCAUCAUGUCCGUGAAGAAGAACUACCGGCGGGUGCCCUACCACAACUGGAAGCACGCGGUGACCGUGGCGCACUGCAUGUACGCCAUCCUGCAGAACAACCUGGGGCUCUUCUCCGACCUGGAGCGCAAAGGACUGCUCAUCGCGUGUCUGUGCCACGACCUGGACCACAGGGGCUUCAGCAACAGCUACCUGCAGAAGUUCGACCACCCGCUGGCCGCGCUCUACUCCACGUCCACCAUGGAGCAGCACCACUUCUCCCAGACCGUGUCCAUCCUGCAGCUGGAAGGGCACAACAUCUUCUCCACCCUGAGCUCCAGCGAGUACGAGCAGGUGCUCGAGAUCAUCCGCAAAGCCAUCAUCGCCACGGACCUCGCCCUCUACUUCGGCAACAGGAAGCAGCUGGAGGAGAUGCACCAGACGGGCUCGCUGAACCUCAACAACCAGUCCCACAGAGACCGCGUCAUUGGCUUGAUGAUGACUGCCUGUGACCUUUGUUCUGUGACGAAACUGUGGCCAGUUACAAAGUUGACGGCCAACGACAUUUAUGCAGAGUUCUGGGCUGAGGGCGACGAGAUGAAGAAGCUGGGAAUACAGCCCAUUCCUAUGAUGGACCGGGACAAGAGGGAUGAGGUCCCACAAGGCCAGCUCGGCUUCUACAACGCGGUGGCCAUCCCCUGCUACACCACCCUCACCCGGAUCUUCCCGCCCACGGAGCCGCUCCUCAAAGCCUGCAGGAACAACCUCAGCCAGUGGGAGAAGGUGAUCCGCGGGGAGGAGAACCCAUCCUGGAUCUCGUCCCAGCCGGCGGCCCCGGGCCCCUCGGAGAAGCUGCCUGUGAAGAUGGACGACUGAUGGCCGGGGGGGGGGGGGUGCCCACCACAGACGCUCGUCUCGCUUCUUUGACUUUUCUGCCUUUUGUUUUCGUGGGGAAACCUAUACCUGGCGACCGGGACGCCAGCCUCGUGCAGAAGGUGCCAUCAAGUGACUCCGCCCACAGCUGACCUGCCAGGCUCACCCGCACGCGUCGCAGACAGCGACCCGCGGGGCCACGGGCCGGCGAGCCGGCCUGGCCUUACGGCUGACAUUGCUGAGGCCUUACUGGGGACGACAGACGUUCUUCACAAAGGGUGCUUUGCCCUGGUCUUUCCAGCGAGGGUUGGAACUGGUACUAUUACGAUAGUGUACUUGGGCUCUCACACCGUCGCUUCGAUGUUGUUGGCUAUAAACAGGAGUUUUAUGCA